UCCCGGUUUGGUUGCGUCCCUUCCUCAGGAAAGGGGAAAGGACUGUCUAAAACCGUUGGAGUGAAGACUGUAGGUGUUCUCAGCGGACCUGUGUGUAGCCUCAGGUGCUCUUUGUAGCUUUGGUUUUUGGCAGCUGAAACAUUUGUUGCGCACCUCUGCCGAAGAGAGGAAGAAAAGGCUAGUGUGUGUCAGUACAACCGGUGAAAGUGGCUACAUAAUUAGCCGCUCGCUUAUUGUGCAUUGUAGUGUCAGGGGCCUGUUUUAGAACACAACUGUUCCGGCCCCAGAAAGAAAGAAAGAAAGAAAGCUUCACCCCCGACUGAUGGACGUCUUCGGCUUCGUGUGUGCUGUGCUUCUGUGCACCUCCGUGGCGCACGGCAAGCCAACUUUAAGAAAAGAGAGAGUCCUUUAUCAGGACCCAGAACUGGCCCGGCAAGCCCACGAAGACAAUAAAAGCUUCCAGUACGACCAUGAGGCCUUUCUGGGCAAAGAGGAGGCCAAAACAUUCGACCAGCUCACCCCGGAGGAGAGCAAGGACAGGCUCGGUAAGAUAGUGGAGCGGAUAGACAGCGACGCCGAUGGCUACAUCACUACAGCUGAACUCAAGGCUUGGAUAAAACGGGUACAGAAGCGCUACGUGUAUGAGAAUGUGGCGAAGGUGUGGACAGAUUAUGACCUGAACAAAGACAACAAGAUUUCAUGGGAUGAGUACAAGCAAGCCACAUACGGAUACUACCUCGCCAACCCAGAGGAGUUUGAAGAUGCGACAGACCAGUUCAGCUUCAAGAAGAUGCUUCCUCGUGAUGAGAGGAGAUUUAAAAGAGCUGAUCUGAACGGUGACCUGGCAGCAGACAGAGAGGAGUUCACAUCCUUUCUCCACCCUGAGGAGUUUGAACACAUGAAGGAUAUUGUGGUUCUGGAAACCCUGGAGGACAUUGACAAGAACAGCGACGGACACGUGGAUGAAGAUGAGUACAUCGCCGACAUGUUUGCACAUGAGGACGGGGGUCCAGAGCCGGAAUGGGUCAAGACCGAGAGGGAACAGUUCUCUGACUUCCGAGACUUGAACAAAGAUGGUAAGAUGGACCAGGACGAAAUCCGCCACUGGAUCAUGCCACAAGACUACGACCAUGCUCAAGCCGAGGCCAGACAUCUGGUGUAUGAGUCUGACCAGGACAAGGACCAGAUGCUGACCAAAGAGGAGAUCCUCGAAAACUGGAACAUGUUUGUGGGAAGUCAGGCCACUAACUACGGAGAAGACCUCACCAAGAACCACGAUGAGCUCUGAGCCCUCAGUGCAGCUUAUAACGUGUGUGUGUGUGUGUGUGUGUGAGUGAGGAGGGUUGUUGAACAUCUUUGUCUUCAAAGUCAGAAUCACAGACUCUUGCGCCUCCUCCCACCACCGCACCCACUGCUGCAUCCUUUCCUCAUAAUAGCGGGACAGAUGUCAGUGUGAUGGAUGGUAAACCAACACUGUACAUACCAAACAAGAGGAGGGUUAAGGGCCGGUCCUACCACUAACACUAAGGGUCCAUCUCGGGUCGGUUGGUUCUGUUUCUGACAUUCAGGAGCAAAAGCCAGACCCAGUGGACCUGCUUUCCAUCGAUGGUGCCUUCCAGCCGCAUUUGCCGGCUUCGCUGCCUCAGAGAUCCGUGUAGAUAGUCUUUAAUAAAAACCUGUCAAAGCUGAGUGAUGAGCUUUACGUGAAUUGCCAGAAACAGGAACAGAUUUUGAUAGCUAUGUUAAUGUGAAACUACAGUGCAGAACAUUUAUUCUGAUUUUAUUUAUUUAUCGAUAUCUUCAGAACUCUAGGUUUGAGAGGAAUACAGUGUUCAGCUAGAUAUGUCGGUUUAAACAAGACACAAAUGAUGUUUCUUUGUUUACAGUUUUCCUUGCCAAACGAUUUUAAUAUUUCUUUCUUUGGAUUAGUUAAGUGCUUUAAGAACUAUUAAUUAACUGACCUUUAAUGGCAUGGUUUUUGCACGCGUUUGGUUUGAGUGUAGCCUGUGAAAGAUUAUUUUUCUUCAUACUUAGUUGAAAAUGUAUUUAUUGGUGUACUUAAGGCCAACAGUAUGCUCCAAGUUACAUUUUUAUUGAUCUUUGUUGAUGUUACGUUUGAGCUUUACCAUUUUACAACUGUCUAAUUUAAUUAAAGUUGUUUUGUUUUGUUUUUGAGGAGGGUAGAAAAGUUUCCUUUCCUCACCACUCACAUGACUCUUUGCUUCCUGUUACAUCCCUCUGUGGUCAUCUUCUGUAUCAGCUGUACUGCAUUUGGCAUUGUAUCAUAUAUCAGCCUGAUGCUUUUAAAAAACAAAUUCAUAUUUUGUCUUUUUUGAUCACAUUUUUUUUAUACUGUUUAAUGGAUACUCUAUAUGACCGAUGCAUAGAGCUAUGCAACUCAUCAAAAGAACAAACUAUGACCAGAAUCUGAGCGUCAUGUGAUUUUAGUAUAAAUGUCACUCUUUCCUCCUCUUCCUCUUUCUCUGUUGUGCUUUGUUGUCCCAAACCUCAGUUGCAUUUAUAGUCCACGUCACACGGGCACAAACACAUCAAGAUUUCUCCUUUUUCGCACUGCACAUGCUCAUGAAAUGUGUCAAUUAAAGAAAACUAU